GAGCUGGACUCGCGCUACCCAUUCAUGCAGCGGUAGCUAGGGAAUAGGCAGCAACCCAUAGUGCGGAAGAGUCCUUUUCCAGUCCAGCAUCAUUUUCAUUUCUAAAAACAAUAACUGUCACUGUCCUUGGUGAGUAGACGUAUACAGGAAGAGACCUGUGAACCUGCACAGCCAGCAUGGCGGAAGCGCAUCAGGCAGUGGCCUUUCAGUUCACAGUCACCCCCGAUGGCAUCGACCUGCAGCUCUGCCAUGAGGCCCUGCGCCAGGUCUACCUCUCCGGCCUGCACUCCUGGAAGAAGAGGUUCAUCCGCUUCAAGAAUGGGAUUAUGACUGGGGUGUAUCCAGGCAGCCCAACCGGGUUGAUGAUCGUGGUGGGGGGCUACAUGUCUGCAAACAAAUACGCCCUAAUGGACCCCUCCCUGGGCCUGACUGCCAAACUGGGGGCUCAUGUCCCGAUCAGCAGGUACAUGGCGGAGGACAGCCAGCGUGUGGUGGGCGGGAUCCUGGUGGGGACGGGGCUGUGGGUCACCAUCAUCUUCAUCAUGAGGAAUGCGCUGAAGAGCCUCCUGUCCUGGCACGGCUGGAUGUAUGCCCGGCACGGACAGGCCAUCGGCUGGAAGACCCGCUUCUGGAUGGUAUUUGUGAGGCUGUUCUCGGGACGGAAGCCCAUGCUCUACAGCUUCCAGAACUCUCUGCCAAGACUGCCCGUGCCCUCCAUCAAGGACACCAUGAGGAGAUACCUGGAGUCAGCGCGGCCCCUCAUGGACGAUGUGGAGUUUGCGAGGAUGGAGGGUCUGGCCGUGGACUUUGAGAAGACUCUGGGUCCCAGGCUGCAGUGGUACCUCAAACUCAAGUCCUGGUGGGCUUCCAAUUACGUCAGUGAUUGGUGGGAAGAGUACAUCUACCUCAGAGGGCGGGGCCCCAUCAUGGUCAACAGCAACUACUAUGCAAUGGACUUCCUGUAUGUGUUCCCCACCAGUCUGCAGGCAGCUCGGGCGGGUAACGCCAUCCACGCCAUCAUGAUGUACAGGAGGAUGCUGGACCGGGCGCAGAUCAAACCGAUUUACAUUCUGGAGAAGCGGGUUCCGCUGUGCUCUGCGCAGUGGGAGCGCAUGUUUAACAGCUCCCGCAUCCCCGGAGACGAGACAGACACCCUGCAGCACAUGAACGAGAGCAAGCACAUCGUGGUGUACCACAGGGGGCGCUACUUCAAGGUGUGGAUGUUCUACGACGGGCGGCUCCUCCUGCCCCGGGAGAUCGAGCAGCAGAUGGAGCGCAUCCUGGCCGACAAGUCCGAGCCGCUCCCGGGAGAGGAGAAGCUGGCAGCCCUCACUGCCGGGGACAGAGUGCCUUGGGCUAACGCACGCAAGAGCUACUUCGGCCGGGGAAAGAACCGGCAGGCCCUCGACGCCGUGGAGAAGGCUGCCUUCUUCGUCACCCUGGACGACACCGAGCAGCGCUUCAACGCCCAGGACCCUGUGUACUCCCUGGACUCCUACGCCAAGUCCCUGCUGCAUGGGAAGUGCUACGACAGGUGGUUCGAUAAGUCCUUCAACCUCAUCGUCUUCAAGAACGGGACCAUGGGCCUCAACGCAGAGCACUCCUGGGCCGAUGCCCCCAUCAUCGGCCACCUGUGGGAGCACGUACUGUCCCUGGACCCCCAGAAGUUGGGGUACACAGAUGCGGGCCACUGCAGGGGGGAGCUGCACCCCUCUCUGCCCGGGCCCCAGAGGCUGCAGUGGGACAUCACGGAGGAGUGCCAGACUGUCAUCGAGGGCUCUCUGAAGGUGGCCAAGGCCCUGGCGGACGAUGUGGACUCCCACAUCAUCCCGUUCGACCGGUUCGGGAAGGGUCUGAUCAAGAAGUGCCGGACCAGCCCCGACGCCUUCAUCCAGAUCGCCCUGCAGCUGGCCCACUUCAGGGACAAGGGCAAGUUCUGCCUGACGUACGAGGCGUCCAUGACGCGUCUGUUCCGCGAGGGCCGCACGGAGACGGUGCGCUCCUGCACCAUAGAGACCUGCGCCUUCGUGCGCUCCAUGAUGAGCGACAACACGAGAGAGAGCAGGAUGAAGCUGCUGAAGGCUGCAGCAGAGAAGCACCAGCAGCUGUACAGGCUGGCCAUGACUGGGAAGGGCAUAGACCGCCACCUCUUCUGCCUGUACGUGGUGUCCAAGUACCUGGGCGUGGACUCGCCCUUCCUCAAAGAGGUCCUGUCGGAACCCUGGCGGCUGUCCACCAGUCAGACGCCCCUCCAGCAGGUGGAGCUGUUUGACCUGGUGAAGCACCCGGAGUACGUGUCCAGUGGGGGGGGCUUCGGCCCGGUGGCUGAUGACGGAUAUGGAGUGUCUUACAUCAUCGUAGGAGAGAACCUGAUCAACUUCCACAUCUCCAGCAAGCUGUCCAGCCCAGAGACGGAUUCUCAUCGCUUCGGAGACAACAUCAAACAGGCCAUGCUGGACAUCCUGGAUCUGUUUCAGCUCAACAACAUCGCCAAGAAGUGACCGCUGCACUCCUCCCAAGGAAAAAAAAACAAACAAACAUGAUGAAAUGUGUUUCAACAGGAGAACGAGGCCCGCAACAGCCAAUGAAUAUAAUCUUCCCCUGGCCCGUUUCUGUGGGACGAAAUCAACAAAAAAUAAAUGUUCAAAAAGUGUUUUUCAAAAAAAAAAAAAAAAAAAAAUGGUUAAAAAGAAAACGGUGGUUAUGAAAGGAACACUCUCGGGUGUGCUGGAGGUGCCGUGCUGGUCGUUGGAAGUGUGAGGUGUCAGUGAAACGUUUGGUGUUUUUUGGCCGGGGGGGGGGACUCGGAGGUACUCUGAGGUGCAGGUGCCUUACUCUCCUCAUCGUCACAUGCUAAUGAGGGAAUGGGCGUGGCCAGUUAAUAACCUUAUCUUCUAUUGGUGCAUAGGGGGGAUGUGGGGGGGGAUAUGACAGGAAGGGGCGUGGCCAGUUGACUGGAAGACAGGGGGCAGCAGUUGUAGUCCUUAGAGCCUCCUGCUCUUCCAUUGUGAUGUGUGUACAGUGAUGAAUACUGCGGUUAUUAUUAUUAUUAUUCUUUUAUUAUUAUACUUUAGCUGCUCUUGUGAUAUUAAGUAAUGCAUUUUGAUCUUUGUUUAUAUGCUCAGGUUUUAGAUUUGGUAGUAAAAUGCCACUGAAAGGGCACUUUGGCUUGUGUAGGGUGCGGGGCGGGGGGGGGUUUCGGGGGAUAAUUGCACAGCGGUCUGUGCCGCUCCAGGGCGUGCUGCUAGCAUGUUAGCGUGUGGAGGAGAAGCCGUGGACGGGCGCCUACGCCGCCCCACCCUGCUUCCGGAAGGGUCCCGCGGGAUCACGUUUCUGUCACGGUGGUGUGGCGUUUAGCGGACCAGCAGGGUCCUCAAUCAGAACCGGGCGUGUCUCCCAGUCGCCGUCAGAUUUGGGGGUGUGUGGGGAAGGGGGGGAAGCGUUGGCUUGCUGCGUGUUGGGAGGGCUCCCUUCAGAAGCAGGCGCGCUGCAGUGCAAGUACAGUGUAGUGCGCAGUGUAAAUACAUGGCCAGUCCCAGCAGCAGGGAUAACGGGCCUGUGUGUGUGUGUGUGUGUGUGAGCUCAGCCUCUCCCUGUGUCGGAGCGGCGAGCUUCUCCACGACAUCCCGCCACCAUCACCGCAAAUCGCUUCACCUUGUCCUGCUUUUAACCUGCUGUUUAACGUGUUUUAAUUUCAUAACGAACCGCGCGGAACUUCGAGCUUUCGGACAGACCGGUCCAGUGAAGGCUGUUGGGCGGUGGAGGAAGGGGUAAAACGCGUUGAGUUGAGUUCUCGCUGACUGAACGGUAGAGUUGACAACAUAACAUUGCCUAAUGUUGUAUUUUAUCAUUUAAAAAAAAGAGAGAAAGCUCGCUUUUAAACCUGGGAAUAAGAAGGUAUUCCAGACUUUUUGUUUGUUUUUUUGUUUGUUUGUUUUUAAGAUGUGUUUGUAUGACAUUUUUCCACCGUAGCUGUAAUGUUUACAUUGUUUGCAUGGUGUUUUGUCUCAGGCUGCUCCCGGGGGCUCGUAAUAUUAAGGUGUAAGGACAGGAAGAUUCAGCUGAAGAACCAAAACAGGCAUUUUAACACAAUAAACAUGAAUGUCAGCAAUCA